CGUUUAACCUAUAAAACUCCGAGUUAUUGUGUUUUUUGUAUUCAUUCUCAAUCUUGUUGUUUUUAUUGAUCUAUCAACAAUACUUAGCUCUUCAUUACUCUCUCACUGUUCUAUUGCAAUUCAAUUCAUCACCAUGAAUGCUUUAGCAGCAACAAACCGCAAUUUCCAACGUGCCGCGAGGAUUCUCGGUUUGGAUUCCAAACUUGAGAAGAGUCUCCUCAUUCCCUUCAGAGAGAUCAAGGUUGAAUGCACGAUCCCAAAAGAUGAUGGAACUCUGGUCUCUUAUGUUGGAUUUAGGAUCCAACAUGACAAUGCUCGUGGUCCUAUGAAGGGAGGGAUUCGUUAUCAUCCUGAGGUUGAACCUGAUGAGGUGAAUGCUCUAGCUCAGCUCAUGACAUGGAAGACAGCUGUAACUGACAUUCCGUACGGAGGUGCAAAGGGUGGUAUUGGUUGCAACCCAAGGGAUCUAAGCAUCAGUGAGUUAGAACGUCUAACUCGGGUUUUCACCCAAAAGAUUCACGAUCUCAUUGGUGUUCAACGAGAUGUUCCUGCUCCUGAUAUGGGAACCAACGCUCAGACCAUGGCAUGGAUUCUGGAUGAGUAUUCGAAGUUUCACGGACACUCACCUGCUGUUGUGACCGGAAAGCCUAUUGAUCUUGGAGGUUCUUUGGGAAGAGAGGCAGCCACAGGUCUUGGAGUGAUUUUCGCUACUGAGGCUUGGUUAGCUGAUAACGGGAAGUCAAUUUCUGAUCACACAUUUGUCAUCCAGGGCUUUGGAAAUGUGGGAACUUGGGCUGCUAAGUCUCUCUAUGAUAGAGGUGGUAAGGUGGUUGCUGUUAGUGACAUCACUGGUGCCAUCAGAAAUCCCAAUGGAAUUGAUAUCCCUGCUCUUCUGAAACACAAGGAAACCAAUGGGAACUUGACCGAGUUUCAAGGAGCAGAUGUCAUGGAUGCAGAUGAUGUGCUCACCCAUGAGUGUGAUAUUCUUAUCCCAUGCGCCUUGGGUGGAGUUAUAAGCAAGGAAAAUGCUGCUGAUAUUAGAGCUAAACUUGUCGUAGAAGCUGCAAACCACCCCACUGACCCUGAAGCUCAUGAGAUCUUGUCUAAGAAAGGAGUCACUAUCAUACCUGAUAUUUAUGCUAAUGCUGGUGGAGUGACCGUGAGCUACUUUGAAUGGGUUCAGAACAUUCAAGGUUUUAUGUGGGAUGAAGAAAAAGUGAAUCGUGAGCUGAAGAGGUACAUGAGCAGGGCUUUCUUGGACAUCAAGGCAAUGUGCAAAAUUCAUGAAUGUGAUCUAAGAAUGGGAGCCUUUUCUUUGGCAGUGAACCGUGUCGCCCGUGCAACACUUUUGAGGGGUUGGGAAGCUUAAGAAGUUAUUCAAUAAUUUUUGCUCCUUUUGUUUAGUUAUAUCAGAUACACCAUUGCUUACUACUGCAAAAGGAGAAUUUUUGUCUUAGUUAUUUUACCUUUCAGCUAGGCCUUUGGUAUCUUAGAGUUAGUUGGUUAAUUGAGAUAGUUGUGCGAGACUUUCUAAUAAAUAUUGUAGUCAGUUCAACGAUAAUGACAUAUUGGUACCAAACUUUUGAUUAGUUGAAAACUGGAAAAUACUCAUUUUGUAUUA